AUGUCUGGUGAGGAACCCGGUGUCCUGGAGCAGGCUGAUGUUGACGCCGUCGUCCAGAUGCCUCCAGAGGACCCCGGGGUCCUAAAAGAUACUCCAGCGGGGCAGGAGGCACGCGCGGGAAACCUGCCACCUGCAGGCAAUCGCCUUCAGUCGCAGGCAAGGCAACCCUUGUCAACACGAACAAGGAAGAAAAUAUGGUCUCUUUUUCAACUUUGCCUGCCUAUGAAUGCCAAGCCGCUUGUGCCCACGGGGCGCAAAGUUUCUUCCGAUGGUAGAGGCAGUCGACGCAACAGCAAUGCCAGCGUGAAAAACACCCCUUCUACAGGGCCUGCUGACUCUACGCACCUUCCCAACAUUGGCUCCGGGCGCACCACGCCCUCGGGCCCCUCGGCCACUAGGCAGCCAAGGCCAUCGCUUUCGAAGACCAGUGGCAAUCCAAAGCCAGUCACCGACAGCCCCGCCAACGCAGAAUCAACAGCCACCGCAGCUACCCCUGCUAAGGCCUACAGCUUCGGUCGAACCUUUGAACGCAAACUUUCCCAGGGUGCGAACAGCCGCACCAGCAAAGACGGGUUUCCAAGCGCCCAGGGCUCUGAAAGCGGCCGGAAGUCUCUGGGCAACGAGAGUGUGUCAAACAGGGGCCGCGCCAUCGGCGAGAACGCGCCAUCCCAACGCGACCUCAGCCCCGUCCACGAUGCACGCGAUGCAGGUCCGAAAACCUCCCCAGUGCAGGUGCCCAGAGUUGCCCAGGUGUCGGCUGCAGCGGCGGCCCGGCGGGACGCGAAGCUUACCAGCCCCAGCGAGGAGGAGCGUCGGAGGCGGGUAGAGUGGAUCCGGGAGAAACGGCGGAAGGAGGAGGCCAAGGCCCGGGAGGAAGCGGAAAAGCGACAUGCCGAGGAGCUCAAGCGGCGUGAGGAUGAGCAGGCUCGCCUGGAGGCGCGGCGCGCGGCCAUCCGGGAGCGCAUCCAGAAGCAGCAUGACAUCGCAGCCAAGUUGGCGAAGGAUCGGGCCAAGGCGAACGAGGCGGCGCGCGGCGCCAUCAACCGCUUCCUCACUGCCAAACCCCUGCACCAGAAGCUGAAGGUACGUCGGCUGAGGUGCAGGACGGAACUCCGUGCUUUACAAGGAGACGAGAGUACUGGUGAUGUGCAGCGCAUCUGCGGCUUUCCAGUUGUCUCUCUCGGUCGUCUCUUCAAUCUUCCCCUUGUGGGGCUGCGCAGACGCCUUCCUGUGCGACUAUCCUGCGUAACAAACAGCGUUCCAGGCUUGGGCGUGGACCGUUUGUAUUGUCAGCCUGUUGUUGGGCUGGAGGACUAUGACAAGCAGCAGGCGGAAGUCGAGGCCGAGAAGAAGCGCCAGUACGACGAGGAGGCGCGGACCAAGCAAGUGCGGCCACAUCAGAUCAUCAAGGGCGAGGCGCAGGUGAAGCCCAGCAGCAAACCAGCUGCUGCCGCCUCCAGUCCCGUGGCCGCGCAGCGCAGUGCCCCGGUUCGCAGCCCGGUCCAAAGCCGCGGCAGUGCCGGAGCUGGCGCCGCCGCAGGUACCAGUGCCAACCGCGGCGCAUCUGCCCGGGGCGCUAUCGCCGCACGUCUCGCUGCUUCCCACACGUCUGAUGGGGAGGCUUCUGGUGAUUCGUCGCCCAAAAUUUCUGCCCGCGGCGGCAGCGUUUCUGCCCGCAUCAGCGGCGUGGCGCCACGCAGUGGCAAUGUAGCUUCCCGCACCGGUGCUGGCGCCACUGGCUCUCCAGCUCCUGGCGCGGCUCAACCCGGGCAACCUGAAUCCAAGCAGUCUGCCCCAACGCCGAAGAUUCGCGUGCAAGGCCCCACGCUCACCAGUACCACCGCAAAGGGCAGCAAGCGCGCUGCCAACGGACUGGGCCCCUUGGCGAAGAAAGGCGAAACGGUGGACCGCGCUUCUUCGCCCUUCGUCCUGAAUGACGCGGGCGUACCCGUCAACGCACCUUCGCUGACGCAGGUGGCCAGCAGCGCCGAGGAGGUGGGGCAGUGGAGUGUUAAGCCCUCAGACUCCGCUACGGAGUCGGCGGGCGGGAUGCUGGUGGCAGCAGCCGUCGGAGGCGCGGCCGUGGCGAUGGUGGGGGCUGGCGUUGCCACGGUGACGGCGGAGGGUGGCCUGGACAGCGGCAGCCACGUCAGUGGGGAUGCCGCAGAUGACGACGCGCCACAGAUGCAGUCUCCGCUCGGCCUCGCGUCCAACGGCGCGGAGCCCACUGACGAGGCUGAUGCGGCGGUGGAGCCCGAACAGGCACAAGGAGCUUGGGGCAGCGAUGCGGCUGAAACGGAUGCCGAGUCGCCGAGUAAGGUGGUGGCGGGUGAUGCUGUGGCCCUUUCACGCGACCUCGCGUCCAUGGUCGAAGCGCAAUUACAGCAGGAAGCGGAUCAGCUGCAACAGGCGGAGGAGCAAGAAGAGAACGGGCUACAGCAGGAAGUGAGACAGGAAGACAACGAGGAGGAUACGGGAGCUGCCGAAGAAACCGAGCCUGAGGCAGUGCUGGCCACGGCAGCCGAGGAGGCGGCACUGACUUCAGCGGCAGAGGAGCAGGAGCCCAAGUCUGAGGUCGAGGCGGAUGUCUCUGCCCAAGUUACGGCAAAGACGGAAGAGGCAGAGGAGGAGGAGGAGGAGGCCGGGCAGCUGCCCGAUAAAGCCGAUGUAGAUCUUCUGGGCCCUGAUGUUGAUGAUGCCCUCGCUGAGGCCACCGUUGCCACGGAGGGGGAGGCAUCACCGGAGGUUGCUGACCUGGGAGCAGCGCGUGAGGAGACAGAGGCAGCGGUAGGUCAGGAGGAUAAGGAGGGCCUGAAGGACGAGGAAGAGGCCGGCGAGCAAGGCGAGGAGGCGGCGGCCGAGCAUGAGGCAGCUGGCAAGCAGGAUGAGGCCCCCGAGCAGGAGGAAACGGCGGCCGAGCAGGAGGAAACGGCGGGCAAACAAGAGGAAGCCGCAGCCGAGCAGGAAGAGACGGCCGAGCAGGAGGAGACGGGGGCCGAGCAGGAAGAGACGGCCGAGCAGGAGGAGACGGGGGCCGAGCAAGCGGAGAUGGCGGCCGAGCAAGAGGAGACGGCGGCCGAGCAAGCGGAGAUGGCGGCCGAGCAAGAGGAGACGGCGGCCGAGCAAGAGGAGACGGCGGCCGAGCAAGAGGAGACGGCGGCCGAGCAAGAGGAGACGGCGGCCGAGCAAGAGGAGAUGGCGGCCGAGCAAGAGGAAACCCCCGAGCAAGGGGAGGCGGCGGAUGAGCAGGAGGAGACGGCGGCCGAGGUUUCGGCUGCGGAUUACGAGGGCGUGGACAGGGAGUUUGCUUCCGGCGGAGCUGCGGAGGAUGACGUGGCGAAAGCCGAAGAGGAGCCGAGUGACAUUGCUGAGCAGGGUGUGGAGGCGGCCGCUGCUGACGAGGAGGAAGAGGCCGCUCAAGCGGCGGCGGUGGCCGAGGCCAAAGAGGCUGACGGGGCGGACGACAGCGAACGGGAGGGACCGAGUGAGGAUGCCAAGAGCGAUGCCGAUGGCGAGGGCAGCAUUAAGGCUGAGGAGGACGUGGGCGGCGACAGUGGCCAGAGCCCGUUAAGAGUACAGGAGUCGAGUGGUAAGGAGGUCCUAGACGAGAAGAAGUCGGGCAUGGAAGAGGAGGGGAUGGACGAGGCAUAA